AUGCACACGUACAUGAUGUCCCUGUCGGGACCUUCUGAUUCCAUCCCAUUGACACUCCGCGAAGCUGCUUCGGGAGUGCUGGGUUCAAUUUGUCUUGCCUGCUGGAUUUUCCUCUUGAUCCCCCAACUAAUCGAAAACUACAAACGUGGCUCAGCGGAUGCGGUCUCCAUCACUUUCCUCUUCGUCUGGUUCGUCGGUGACAUUGCAAACCUCAUAGGCUCCCUCUGGGCACAUCUCGUCCCCGUCAUUAUCGCCAUUGCCGUCUACUUCUGCUUCGCAGACGGCAUCCUCAUCUGCCAAUGUCUCUAUUUUAACGUCAAGAAUGCCCGUCUGGAAGCUGCCUUGGCUGCCCGUACACGCAAGUAUGGCUGUGACCGUCGCCGCACCUUGUCCAGCGGGACGGUUGCCGACGAGUCUGACGCGGAGUCCGAUGCAUCCGACCCCACCACUCCGCUCCUCUCCCGUCGCAUGAGCGAGAACCUGGGCAUCUCGGCCUCUGCUUCUUCGGCGGCGCGGAGGAGGCGGUCGUCCGCAUCGGCGCGAAGGCGGCACUCGCAUCCCUACGUACCGGAUUCGUUGACGAAGAUCCUGGAGGAGACGGAGCCCGGAAACACAUGGGUGAAGAAUACUUUGAGUAUUCUUGGGAUCUGUGCCGUCGGGACGGCUGGGUGGGCGAUUGCCUGGCAGUCGGGUGUGUGGCAGCCGACUGCUACCGAGCAGCGAGAGAAAAUGGCUGUUGGCGCGCAGGUGUUUGGGUAUCUGAGCGCUGUUUUCUAUCUAGGAUUAUCAAAAAUUACCGUGAAAAAUCUUGCGAAGAUAUUGUUCCAUUCCACUGAAAAGGGAUACUUUCUCAAGAACCUUCCAUGGCUGAUUGGGUCCCUUGGGACGAUGGUUGAAGAUGUCGUGAUCUUUGUACAGUUCCGAAUAUAUUCCGUCCAAUACGCAGAUUCGUCCUCCUCAGCUGUAAUAUGA